AUACAAAGAGUUGAAGGGAUAGUCUUAUUUUUACCAGCAUUUCGAAACACUCAUUUUUUCCCUCUCUAUAUCUAUCAAGAACAACAAAAAAAAAUAAAAAAAAGAAACCCUAGCUUCUCCCCACUCGUUUUCCCUCCCAUUUCUAUCCGAUUUCUCCACAUUCCCAUCCGAUUCGGUGGGUUACUCUGCUUCCAUGAACUUCAAUUGAACUCAACUCUUCCGCACUUCGAAGGAUCUGGAAGCUUAAGCUGCAAACCGACCAACAAUGGCGUCUUCUGACAAGGAUGUCGAAGAACAGCUUUUGGAAGCUGGCAAUAAGAUUGUUGACCCUCCUACUUCAGUUGAAGAACUUCUACCUCUUCUCGACAAAAUAGAGAGUUUGCUGGCGAGGGUUGAACAAUCCCCCUCAAAAUCAAUGCAGAGUGCGCUUACUCCAUCACUGAAAGCCCUGAUUUCUGAUCAACUUCUAAGACAUUCGGAUAUUGAUGUCAAAGUUGCAGUUGCUACAUGCAUUAGUGAAAUAACUAGGAUCACUGCACCUGAUGCCCCUUACAAUGAUGAGCAAAUGAAGGAGGUAUUUCAUCUUAUAGUAUCAUCCUUUGAAAAUCUCUCUGACAAGUCUAGUCGAUCAUAUGCAAAGAGGGCAUCCAUUCUUGAAACCGUUGCAAAGGUCAGAUCAUGUGUGGUCAUGCUGGAUUUGGAAUGUGAUGGAUUGAUCAUUGAGAUGUUCCAACAUUUCCUUAAGACAGUAAGAGAUUAUCACCCAGAGAAUGUAUUUUCGUCAAUGGAGACAAUUAUGAGCCUUGUCUUAGAAGAAAGUGAAGACAUAGCUGUAGAGCUCCUCUCUCCGAUCUUAGAAAGUGUGAAGAAGGACAAUGAGGAAAUUCUACCUAUUGCUCGGAAGUUAGGAGAGAGAGUUCUUGAUAACUGUUCUACCAAGCUCAAACCUUAUUUGGUUCAAGCUGUAAAAAGCUUAGGAAUUUCUUUUGAUGAUUAUAGUGAUAUUAUUGCUUCCAUAUGCAAAGAUCUUUCUGGCUCUCUUGAGCCAAGCAAUCUUAACGAUGCUGGUGAAAACGUGGUUGCUGAGAGCCAGUGCGUUAGAACGUCUGGGGAUGAGGUUGAAGAAAACCAGACAGAAGUGGCCACACCUGAGAGAGUUGACUCGGCCGUUGAGAAACAUCAUGACUCAGUUAAGAGCAAUGGAGCUGCACAGGGGGGUGAAUAUGUCUCUGUCUCUAGUUUGGUGCACAAGAAGGAAGAACAUGGUGGUCAGGAGUGCAAAGAGGUGAAAUCACCCAAAAGUCCUGAACCUGCUAAUUUGGGAUCUGAGAAGGCUAGCAAUGUGAAGGAAAGAUCUGAAAAGCUCCCUAGGAAAAGAGGCAGAAAACCUAAACAAUCCGCAAAAUCUACAGCAGUUCCUCAUGUUGAUGCUCUGAAGGAAUCUGAGAAUCAACCAGAACACGAAAGCCGUAGUGACCAUCCUAGUUCUCCUCGGGGAGACCGGACUGCUGAAAACUUGCCUUCAGAAAAUGCGGUUGAUGCCAAGCCUUCUUCACCCAAGGCUAUGGAGAUUCAAUCAGCAAACAUUGCUUCAUCUUCACUUAGUGGAAGCGUUCCCAGUGAGUGUAACAAUAAGUCUGUACAGGCAAAGAAGAAGGGAAACCCAGCUAAAGUGGUGGUGGCAUCAUCUGCAGAAGUUUCAAAAAAAGCAUCUGAUGGAAUGAAUAAGUCAGGAGCAAAGAUCGUUUCACAUGGUGAAGAGAAGGCUCCAGCUGGAGUUUCUGAUGAUACUAAGACUGCAGCUGAAGAUGCAGCAGAAAGGGAAAGUGAUACUGCUAGUGAUUCUGAAGUUAAGACGUUGAAACAGUCCGCUAGGAAGGGAGGUGGAGCCAGUAAGAGUAGUGGUGAAUCUUUAAAACAAUCGGAGGCUAAGAGAAAGAAGGGAUUGUUGAAAUCUAUUUCUGGAAAAACCAUUAAAAAUUUGUCAGAUGAUGAUGAUAAAAAGGAAGCAACACCUGUGCUGAAACCAACCUCAAAAACCACCAAAGAUGAGAAGAUCUUGGACAAGACUACAACACCAGCUUCCAAGAGGAAACGAACUCCGAGCAAAGAAAAAGAGUCUGAAACCAAGGAUUUUGAUGAAUCUUUGGUUGGUUCAAAGAUAAAAGUGUGGUGGCCAAAGGAUCGCAUGUUUUAUGCAGGUGUAGUCGAAUCUUUUGAUCCUGGAAAAAGGAAGCACAAGGUUUUAUACACGGAUGGAGAUGAAGAAAUACUAAAUCUUAAAAAGGAGAGAUGGGAAUAUAUUGACGACGGCUCUGGAUCUGAACGGGAGGAAACAGCAGAUCUAGUGAGAUCAGAAUCUGCAGCAGAGACACCUCAAAAGAAAAAGGCGAAACUAAAUGCCAACGAGGCUGCUAAGCGAGGAAAGAUGGACGUCUCACCAAAAAAGGGUGGAGCGACUUCCUCCGGCAAAUCCAAAGGUGUAGCUACAAAAACUAAUCAGAGUAGUGGCAGCAAAGUUGAAGGAAAGUCGAAAGAGAAUACCCCUAAGGUUGGAAGACCUGCAAAUGUAAGCAAAUCCAAGGAUCAAAACACUCCUAAAACUGUCAGCAAAGCUGGUAGCACAGGACCGAAAAUUGUUAGCAAGUCGAAGAAUGACGACGCUGAAUCACACAAGACUAGCAAAUUGAAGGAUAAUGAGACAACUACACCUACUGUUGUUGCAAAGUCCAAGCAAGACGUGUUGAAGACAGGGAAGUCCAAACAAGAGACUCCAAAAACUCCUGCAAUUUCAAAGGGAAAGUCUACUACUAAAACAGGCGAUAAAUCUAAUAGUGCCAAUCUCUCCCCCAAGGUUAAGUUCACAUCUUCAAAAUCAAAAGAAAGUGGAGAUUUGAAGAAUUCUGCUGCUCCUGGGAAAACAAUGGAGAAUUCAAAGGGAAAGUCACUAAAUUCAUCCAAUGAUCAGGGCAGUGAAUCUAAGCCGGGAAAGAAAAGAAGAAUAGAGUCAAAAGGUUGAAUCACCAUGUCUAUUCCAAAAAGGUUGGAGUUUGUCUAUUCUCGCCUCGGUCUGCAUUACAUAUUUGCAAAUUCUACAAUGAGUUCUUAGCAAACUUGCUCUGGAUCUGAUCUCAUCUCAUCUCAUUGGCAUGUUUUCGAGAGAUUGUCAUAUAUUCUUAGUGUUAGGUAGGUUAGCAACAAUUAUAGGAGUAUGCUAGAGUUCUCUUUGUAGUUGUUUGCAGCAAUUCAUGUCAUCCUGUGGGAGGUAAUAGUAGAGAAUGUUAAGUUAGCUAUAUGUAUUAUUACUCUUGGCUUUUCUCAAACAAAGAUUGGCUUACUAGAGAAACAAAGCCACAGAUUCAGAACACAGAGGUCUUUCCUUUCUAGGCCCUUCUGUCUUCUUAUCUCCUGUUUUACCACCACCGUCUUAACUCCCUAGGUGAUUUUCAGAGUAAUUGUUAACCUAACAUCUGGUAUUUGAUUAAUGCCUUUGGAAGCUUAA